UAUUUGUCAUUUGUCUGUUCGCAAUGGCCUAAUGUAACAUCUCCGAUAUAUAUAAUAACAAAAAACAUUUUCAUCUCGCAAUAAAAAUAUCCUUCAACAUUUGUUGAAAUCAGUUUAUGUUGAUAAUCAGAAUAAGAAAUUCUUAUCGUUUGAUAAAACUUAUAGCGCUAUAACUCUACGAUUUAUAUGAUAAUUUAGUUGAAUUUUACAUGUUGGCAACAUUUUACUAUAUGUUUUGUAGAAUCACGAUACACAUAUAUCAGGGUAUAUCAUGGCGCAUGUCAAACUGUGCGUCUGCUAUCGCUUCGUCGGUCACCCGUCAUAGAAAAGGGUGUUCUAGAAAUUUUGAAAUGAAACAUAGAAAUUCUUUGCAACGAUAGAUAUUUGUGAUAUAUUCUACAUAUUUACUAUUCGUCAUACAAUAUAUGAAAAAUAUGGCAGAAUCAGCUGGGCCGAUCCUUCAUGUCAUAGUCGUUGGAUUUCAUCAUAAAAAAGGAUGUCAAGUAGAAUACUCUUUUCCGCCUUUAGUGCCUGGUGCACCAAAUGAGUGUCCGCUUGGUUGGAAGUACUUACCAACUUUAGCGUUACCUGAUGGAUCUCAUAAUUAUGACGAAGAUACAGUUUAUUUUCAUUUGCCUAGUCUCAAUGAUCCAAAACGUACCAUAUAUGGUAUUUCUUGUUUUAGACAAAUUCCUGUUGAGAAAUUAAAAAAUCGCACUUCUGAUAUAACUAGAGGAACAGUACAAAAAUCUGUUUGUGUAUUAAGUACUCUGCCACUUUAUGGUCAUAUUCAAGUAAAAAUGGCAUUAAUAACGCAUGCAUAUUUUGAAGAAGGAGAUUUUAGUAAAGUAUCAUUGUUAGAAGAUACUUAUCGUCAUCUUAAUUCUUGUAUGAGCAGUGAAAGUCAAAUACCACCUCAAGUAUUUGUUGGUCUGUCUGCCAGAGAUUUUAUAUUACAAUUUCGCCAUAAAGUACUUCUUUUAUUUAAAUUACUUUUGCUAGAAAAAAGAGUGGUCUUUUACCAAUCUCCUGUACAGCCGUUAUGUGCCACAAUAUUAACUUUACUUUCAUUAUAUCCCAGUAUGAUCGAACAUGGUCUCCAACAAGCAGCUUGUGUCAGACCGUCUAGACCUAUGUCUCCUAUACCGACUUUUGAUGAUGAAGAAAUUGCAUUGAAUAGUGUUGACUCUAAUUUAUCUACUACAAAUGUUAUAAAAGAGAACAUAUCAGAUCUUGCACAUGAGAAUAUUAAUGAUAACUCAAAUAGAAAUUCUUUGUGUAUAAAUGAUAAUAAAACUAUUGAAACAAUGGAAGGAAAAUGUAUGGAUGCAUUUGGCAAUAUGACUAUUCAAAAAAAUAAUAAUGAAAAUUUAAAUGGAAAAAUUAUUGAUGUAGAGUCAACACAAGAAUGCACUGAAAAUUAUGAAGAAAAUAAUUCUAAAUAUUCACCUAAAGCGAAUGACAAUGUACACAGAGUUCAUAGCGUCAAUACAAUUACUUUAGGCAUGGGUGAUGCUGAUAAUAGUUUACCACGCGAUACAAGUAAUGAUGCAUUAUCUGAUGCACGAUUGACCAACAAUAUAACUCAAAUAGCACAUAUAAAUCCAGAACAUUGCGGAUUGCCAUUAAGUUUAUUUACUAAGGGAUAUCUUUGUCUACCUUAUUUAUCUUUACCAUACUUAGAUCUCUUAGGAGAUAUUAAUGUUAGAGGAUAUGUAGUUGGAGCAACAAAUGUUUUAUUUAAACAAAAAAAGCAACUAAUUGAUGUUCUGGUUGAGGUUGAAAACACAAGAAUAGAAGCUACCGAUCCAGAAUUGAGAAGACAAUUACAUCUUACUACUGAGGAUCUAAGAUUUGCAGAUUACAUAGUUAGACAUGUCUCUGAGCCUCGAAAAGAUAUUUUCUUGGAUGGAGUAGGAUGGGAAGGUGGUGAUGAAUGGAUUAGAACACAAUUUCGAGUAUACCUUUUAAGUAUGCUACGUACUUCAAUGCAGCAAGAUACACGACAGUCAGAUCACUAUAAUUCCACGUUCAUGGCUGCUUGGCGUGCUACAAAUAAUUACAAAAUGUGGAAUAGCUUGAAUAAACCAGAAAUUAAUAAUAUAGAACCUGGUCAUCCUUUUGCUGGUCAAUUAUCUGUACAAGAUAUGAAAUUACGUUUUUCACAUACUAUGCAAAAUACUGAGAGUGGUAGGAAACUUAAUCAAGCUAUGCUUUCAACUGGAAGAGCAGUUGCAACUACUGGCAAAGCAGUGGGUGGUGCAAUUUCACAAGCUAAAGGAGCUUUUUCUAACUGGUGGAGUACAUUAACGACAGCACAAACAAUAGAUGAAAUGAAGACUGAUAAUCAAGCUUCGAAUAUUCAUCAGACUACUCUUUCAAAUACAAUAGAAAAAACACCAACUGACAAUGAAGACUUAACUAUUCAAACUAAUAAUACGGAUGUGGUUGCGACUGUAGAUUGAUAGAGGAAACUGUAAGAUUUUUUUAUGGUUAAAAUGUCCUUUUUUAAUCUGAUUUAUAAGAACGGAAGUAUUCUAAGAGAAGAAUUUCAAGGAAUUUGAAACAUUCAGUAAGUACUGUGAUAGAUAUCAAAUUUGAUUAUAUUAUCACAGAAACAGUUUCUUUCGUUAUACAUGAAAAGUUAAAUGGAUAAAUAUACAUACAUACUCGAAAAUCAUUAUUCGUGUACAGGACACACAUCUAAAUCAUAACAUUUUUAAAAACGAUGGACGUAAUGUUUAUAAAAAAGAAAAGAAAUGCUUUAAUAUAUAAAAGUGUAGAUGUAUUUCUGAUCAUUAACUUUUUCAAUAGCAUGUAUACUCAUAGAUACAUGUUUUUAGUAAUGCUAGUUCACAGGAAAAAGAACGUAUUAUGUACAUUCGUUUAUGUAUGAUAUAAACAUAACUUCUUCAUGCAGGAAAGUAAAUAUAUAUUUAGACUCAUUGUUAAAUACAUCUUUUUUGAUUUAUAUAUAAAUCUCACUUGAAAAGUACCUGUAUCGUUAUAUUUUGUAUAUAAAAUGUGAGACAAUUUUUAGAGAUAUUUGUUGAAAUAUUACUUUAUAAGAUAUAAUCUUUCAGUUAAAAUAUCUUUUUAUAUAUUGCUCCAUUUUAUUUUGCCAAACAAAAAAUAAUUUCGUUUUCUUUACUUGAACUGAAAACACAAAAUGAUGUGAUGUUAUCUUAAGUAAAUGCGUUGAUUAUAAGAGAUAUAUUAUUUUUAAAAAAAUUUAUUUAAUUACAUGGAACUAUUGUGAUCUGUAAGUAUUUUUUAUUUAUUUAUUUGAAAUUAAUGUUACUCGAAUAUAAGUAAAUGUAGUUUACAUGUAUACUACAGUCUUUAUAUAACAUUAAAUGUAAUGCAGUUCUACACUGCAAAAUGUAAAAAAGAAUUCUCAUAAAUAACGCUACAUGUUUGUAACAAGAAACACAAAUAAUUAUUAUUGAUCUUUUAAUCUCUGUUUCAACAAAAAUUGUAUACGAUUAUUAAACAUAAAAAAUUACUAAGCAUGAAAUUAUAGUAGUUACUUUAUUUGUUUAUGAAUAAUUGUAACUACGUUCUUUUUUUUUUUUUUAAGAAAUAUAUAUAAAUAUGAUUGAUAUGAUAUAAAUAAUUAUUUGUGAGAAUAGUAAAUGUCAUUGUUAUGUUGGUAUUAGUAAACAAAUAUUUAUAGUGCAAUAAUCUACUUAGAGUAUUUUAUUUUAUAUAAAAAGAAACCUCUCUCUAUCAGAUAUAAUUUCAAAUAAAACAUUUGUUCUUCAAUAUGUUUUUAAUUGAAUAAGAGUAAUUGUAUUUAAAAAAAAAGAAAAAAAAAAAAAAAAAAGAGAAACAAAUAUUACAACUUUUGAUAACAUUGUGUAUUGACAUAUAUAAAAUGCCAUUGCUUUAAUAAUGCUAGAAUAGUAUAAUAGUAUCAAAAUUUGGUAGUUAAUAUCAUAUUUAAUCUUAGAAAGUGUAUUGCCGACAAUAUAAUAGUUAUGCAGUUAAUGAUGUAAGUGAGAAAUAUCCAUUCCUUUUUUUAAUAUUUAUGUUAUUUUCUAUAGAAAUAAAAUAUUGUAAUGUUAUUUUUAAUUUAUAUAUACUUAUAAAAGAAUUUAUAAACUACAUGAAAUUUUUCCUUAUUUUUCAGAUCUGCCAAAUGUGACAAAUAUGUUUCUUUACAGAUUUCAAUUAAAUCUAAAUAUAUGUGUUACAUGAAU